AUGGGUGAAGCAGACAGAAUCGGGCCAAAUAUGAGCCCCAAACAAACCCUUGCCGACCGCGCCAACCGCGUGCGCAAGACCUUCUUCACCAAACAAGGCUUGAUUGGCAACUAUGACUACGGCUUUCUGUUCCGGCCCAACAUCCCUUUUCUCAAGAAACCUCGUCGUGCCAGUCCUUUCUUUGGCCUCAACGAUACCAUGCCUGUCAUUUUGGCCUUGUUGCUCGGUUUCCAACAUGCUUUGGCGAUGCUGGCUGGCGUCAUGACUCCUCCCAUUAUCCUGUCUGGUCAGGGUGGUGUCAAUCUUGACGCUGAUUAUCAGCAAUACCUCGUCUCGACCUCUUUGAUCGUUUGCGGUAUUCUCUCAUCAAUCCAGAUUACUCGCUUCCAUAUCUACAAGACACCAUAUUAUAUUGGAACUGGUCUGAUCUCUGUUGUCGGCACUUCAUUCGCGAUUAUCCCAGUCGCCCAAGGAGCGUUCAAUCAGAUGUAUAGCAACGGGUUCUGCCCCGUCGCCGAGGACGGCACCAAAUUACCCUGCCCAGACGCGUAUGGUGCUCUCAUCGGAACUUGUGCCAUCUGUGCCUUGACUGAAAUCCUCAUUUCCUUCAUGCCACCAAAAGCACUGCAGCGAAUCUUUCCUCCCAUCGUCACGGGUCCCACUGUCAUGCUCAUUGGGGUCCAUCUGAUCGAAUCCGGCUUCAAGAACUGGGCUGGCGGCAGCGGUCUCUGCGCCGAACUCCCCGAGGACGGCUUUUACAGACUCUGUCCCGAUAUCACUGCUCCUCACGCUCUCCCCUGGGGCAGCGCCGAGUACGUUGGCCUGGGCUUCCUGGUCUUCAUCACCAUCAUCAUCUGCGAACGAUUUGGCUCUCCCAUCAUGAAGUCCACUAGCGUCAUCAUCGGUCUUUUGACCGGCUGCAUUGUGGCUGCGGCAUGUGGAUACUUCGACGACGCCGGCAUUACCUCGGCUCCAGCUGUCUCUUUCGUCUGGGUCAAGACUUUCAAGCUCUCUCUAUACGGGCCUCUCGUCCUGCCCGUUAUGACCGUCUUCAUCAUCUGCGCCUGCGAAGCCAUCGGUGAUAUCACUGCUACUUGCGAUGUUUCCCGAUUGGACGUCGAGGGCAAGGAAUUCGAGUCUCGAAUCCAAGGUGGUGUUUUGGCUGACGGUCUCAAUGGCUGUUUCGCCGCAUUGAUGACGAUUACGCCCAUGUCGACUUUUGCCCAGAACAACGGUGUCAUUGCCUUAACUCGUUGCGCCAACCGACGAGCUGGAUAUUGCUGCUGCUUCUUCCUCAUUGUCAUGGGUCUCUUCGCCAAAUUCUCCGCGGCCCUGGUGGCUAUUCCCGCUCCAGUCCUCGGAGGUAUGACCACCUUCCUCUUCUGCGCUGUGGCUGUCAGUGGUAUGGCGAUCGUGGCCCGCGUCCCAUUCACCCGCCGCACACGAUUUAUCCUUACAGCCUCUCUCGCAGUUGGCUACGGCGCCACUUUGGUCCCCACCUGGUUCGAUCACGUAUUCACUUAUGACGGCGACAACCACUCUCUCCGCGGCUUCUACGACGCCAUUGCCUUGGUCAUGGAGACUGGCUUCGCCAUUACUGCCAUGGUCUCCAUGAUUUUGAACUUGGUUCUGCCUGAGGAGAUUGAGGAUACUCCUGAGGAAGGACUCCAGGGAGCUGAGGAACAACGAUCCGGAUCCGAGGCCCCUGACUCGAUCGAGGCUGUGUCAAAGGUCGAGAUGGAUAUUCCAACCAAGGAGGUUGUAUAA